GUUGAUGUUUAACCUGGAGCGCCCGUUCACGGAGAGGGGCCACUUCUUCUCCUCCAUGGAGUACCAGCGGCAGCUGGAGGAGGAGGAGGGCUACCCGCCUCCCGGCACCAACGGGACCUUCAACGAGAGCGGGGCCGGGCCGGGCUGGGGGACGCCGUACCCCCUGCACACCACCAUCACCCUCAUCAGCCUGGCGGGCUUGCUCAUGCUCUUCACCGUCUUCGGCAACGUCUUGGUCAUCAUCGCCGUCUUCACCAGCCGUGCACUCAAGGCCCCCCAGAAUCUCUUCCUGGUCUCCUUAGCCUCGGCCGACAUCCUGGUGGCCACGCUGGUCAUCCCUUUCUCCUUAGCGAAUGAAGUGAUGGGGUACUGGUACUUCGGCAAAGUCUGGUGCGAGAUCUACCUGGCCUUGGAUGUGCUGUUCUGCACCUCCUCCAUCGUGCACUUGUGUGCCAUCAGCUUGGACCGUUACUGGUCCAUCACACAAGCCAUCGAGUACAACCUCAAGCGUACCCCGCGCCGCAUCAAGUGCAUCAUCUUCAUCGUCUGGGUCAUCUCGGCCGUCAUCUCCUUCCCACCGCUCAUCUCCAUCGAGAAGAAGAGCGGGCAGCAGGCUGACCAGGGGGUGGCAGGGUGCAAGAUCAACGACGAGAAGUGGUACAUCAUCUCGUCUAGCAUCGGCUCUUUCUUUGCCCCCUGCCUCAUCAUGAUCCUGGUCUACAUGCGCAUCUACCAGAUCGCCAAGAGGCGAACCAGGGUGCCGCCGAACAAGCGGGCAGAGCGCCCCGAGAAGAGGCAGAACGGCUUGGCCGACAAGGAGGACCUGCCAGCCACAGCCCAGCUCAAUGGCGAGAAGGCGGCGGGAGGUGGUGGAGGUGGGCAGGAGGGAGAGGUCAACGGCAUAGACAUGGAGGAGACCUCUUCCUCCGAGCACCAGGAGAACAACCAGUGUAAGAAGACAGAAAGACCGUCGAGGGGAAAGACCAAGACUAAACUAAGCCAGAUAAAACCUGGGGACAGUUUGCCCAGGAAGGUGGAGGAGGAGAGGAACACCAAAGGGUCCCGGUGGAGGGGCAGGCAAAACCGGGAGAAGCGCUUCACCUUUGUGCUGGCGGUGGUGAUCGGGGUCUUUGUCAUCUGCUGGUUCCCCUUCUUCUUCACCUACACGCUGAUGGCUGUCUGCAAGAGCUGCUCCGUGCCCGACACCCUCUUCAAUUUCUUCUUCUGGUUCGGUUACUGCAAUAGCUCCUUGAACCCCGUCAUCUAUACCAUUUUCAACCACGACUUCAGGCGGGCCUUCAAAAGGAUCCUCUGCAGGAUAGAGAGGAAAAGGAUUGUUUGAAGGACCCUUUGUGAUGGGCAGGACUAAUUCAAGACUUUGUAGGAGAGUAAGGCAUGGCUGUCUUGGGCUGUGCGUGCACGGGAUGGUUUCCUUCAGCUUGUGAGCAGGAAGCCUUUAAAACCCAAGGUGAGCCUAUGGAAACGCCGAGGAGCAGCAGGCAAGUGGAAGUCCAAGCCGUGGCAUUCGGCUUAUCCAGGGGAGGAUGGCUUUUGACUUGCUUGAUUUGUUUUGCUAGGUUGUUUUUUUUUGUUGUUGUUGUUGUUUUCUUUUGCCAGAAUCUCUCAGUGGAUGUUUUCCUGACUGCUCAGUUUGACUUUUUACAGAAAAGCAGCGUGCAGCUCUGUGAGAUGAACAGCCCAGAGGGAGUAUGCCACCCCAGAGGUGUUGGCUUUCUUAUUUUGGUAUAUCUACCUUUUUUUUUUUUUCUCCCCUCUGUUGUAUGUGUAAUGAGUUUUAACCCCCUUGUAAAAUACAGUAUUGUAUCCCUGAAUCUGAAUGUCUUAAUUUUUGUAAGGCAAGCAGCUUUGAAACUGUGAAUGCUUUAAUUAUCUUAAAAGUCCCUCUAUUCCCACCCCCCCGAAACUCCCCUCACACAAAUCCUCUGAACAACGAGAGCCAUUCCCCCUACCUGACAGUUUGAUAAUAUGACCAAAAUUUCCAAUAUCCUGUCAGGUUUAAAAAAGCCUAGUAUCACAGACCUCACCAGACUGGCUAUUUCUAUUGUUUGGGUUUUUUUUUUUUUGUAUCGCACCUGAUUCUGUUGAAUUUCAGUGUUGCCUGAGCUCUAACCCCGCUGAGCUGGUGACCGCCCUCUCCUUAUUCAUUAAAGCGGAACCGGAGGGAGCGGUGGCUUUGCCGUGAGGGCAGGGACAUCCCAUCCCUGGUGAUGGAGUCACAGCCAAUUUCCCGUGCGAGGUGAGGUUUGGGACCUGGCCAAGCUCCCCAGGAGUUAAUCUUGGUUGAUACCACACCACAGUAGCAGCACCCAAAGGUGUUCCAUGCCUACUCGCUUUCCCCCCCGCCUCCAACUGUAAAUAGAUAAGGUUUCAAAGCAAACAGCAGGGUUCCCAGCAUCGUGUUGUCCCAUUUGCAUUGAUUUGCAGUGGUUUAAUAACUCCUGGGGGAUUUCCUGCAGAGGAGGAGGGGGUUUGUGGGCAGGGGCUGUCCCACCUGGCUGAACGGAGGGAGAAGAGUUCAGGUUUUAAUCUGCCAGUCGCAUCUUUCCUGGGAAAUACGAAAACAUCCCUCUUUCAGCGUGAUACAGGGCAAAACUCCGAAAUGAGAAACUUAACUGACAGUUUUUCCAGUAUUUUAUAGUGUAAUUAAGCUUUUUUUUUAAAAAAAAAAAUUAAAUGUGUAAAUAUUGUGAGUUUGGAGCAGAAGAGAGAGUUAAUACUGCUUUUACACUCCUUUCCUGAAAUGUCUUUCAGUUCUUUCUGCUAGGAAAAAAAAAAAAACAAAACAAAAAUGGACAGAACAAAUUUGUGCCAUGAAGAAAUUUCUGGAGAACACUAAAAGGAAAAACUUUUGAUGCAUCACACUAAAUGAGUUUGUAAGCCUUUAAAUGUUACGAAAAGAGCUUUAUCAAAUACUGAUAAGUCGUAGAAAUUGUUUGGAGAAAGCAAAGUUUGUUUAAGUCUUGUGUAUAAGAUGAACUUGCCUUUUCUGGAGUUGUAUGGUGCACAGGAAGAGACUUUAAAGAAAAUACCUUUUUACUUUUGGGAAGUGUUUUGUUGAUUUUGCUCUCUCUUUUGACUUUGUAAUUAACUCCAAGGGUCCCCGGAUGCAUCUUGGGACCUGGAGAGCAAUGUUUACAUUCACUUGCAUUUUCAGAAUUGAAUCCUCAAGAGGUGAGGACAGCAAAUAAACUGUGCUUUACUGUAAAAAAAAAAAAACAACAAACCAAACACGAAACAAACAAACCAUGAGCAGAAGUUGCUAUAAUGGAUGAUUAUUUUUAUUAAAUAAAAGAGCGUUUACAGAUCAA